CCAGCGAUCUCUCGAUUCAAGAUCGUUGCCAAUUUCGCUCGCCGGACUCGGAUUCGGAUUCAGUCGCAAACGAACAACGAACCAUCGAAGUUUAGAAAAUAUCUAACAAUUAAAAGCGAUCGCGCGCGCGCUUUUUCUCGAAUCUCGAAAAUCUCGAACAACGAAACGAAAAUAAAUUUGGAAAAUUGCAAUUGUCGUUUUGUUUUUAGCGCGCGUGCAUUGCCAAAACGAAUCACAAACAGAAUAAGAAACACAAACAACAAACAACAGCAACCACAACGAAUUUAGCCAGGAGUAAAAAAUAUAUAGACGCGGGAAAGGAGGAACGCGAAAAACGACGCACAUUUCUCAGUUGCAUGCCGCGUGGAUCGAAGCAUAUAUAUUUAAUUAUAUGUGUAUAUAGCUAAACUUAGAAGUAAAAGCGAACAAGGGGAGGCAUAGCUUUGAGAGGCGUUGCCCGUGGCCAAGGAAAACCCAAAUGAGAAAUGAGAGAUACGCAUGAAAAUUAAUGCAGCAGCAAAUUAAUUGAACUAGCUCAAGGCUCAAGCCCUCAGCCACUCCCCCUCAGUCUUCCACCGCCCCCCCGCACCCCUCGCUCUCUGGCCACAAAUCUGUAUAAUUAUAUAAUCCAAUUUGUGUUUUAUUUUUCGCGGCCCUCGGCAGAGCAGUGAACUGAACUGAACUGAACGCGGGACACGUGUCAUUAGAUUUUAAGCCUCGCACACUUACGAUAUAUUGCGUUGAUUAUGAGCGCUUUCGCCGAUCGGAGUAUACAUUUCAAUCCUUUGCGAAAUCAGCGAACGCUUAUCGUUAAGCGCCUGAGACCGCCGGAGAGCGAAGACUUCAAGAACUGAGCAACCGAACAACGAAUAUAUACGAACUCUGCUCGCGGCUAAGAACAAAAAAACGAACCUUAUUUAAAAAGCCAACGCAGAAAUACAACGAAAUAUAAAAAAGCAUUAAUACAAAACCAAAAACGAACGAAUUUUCAAGCAACAAUAACAACACUGCGACAACAACAACAACAAUACAAACAUCCGAUAAACCGGAAACAUAAAGACAAAAAAGGAUCAUCACAUUGUUAGGGAACUUUUGCAGAGAAGAGAAUUCUCAAAUUGUACAUACAAAUAUAUAAUAUUUAUGCUAGAACUUAGAACUGUUUUUGUUGAUUUUGAAUAUAUACAACUCAUAUAUAUAUCAUUGUUGUCCCAAUUUGUUGUGUUAGCUUAGCUAGGCUUAACCCAUAACGAAUACUAGUCAGCCGCCCAACUGUGCGUAUACGCAACACCGCUGCGUAUACUUAAUAUUUAAGAGUAGAUAGCUAAGAAUAGGCCAAAAACCAACGAACAGAUGAUGAAAAAUCUCAACGGUAGGGCGCACAAUGCGUGCUACCAUCCCUAUUACCACCAAUCGCUGCACUUUGCACAGCAGCAACACCAGCAGCAUCAGCAGCAGCAACAUCAACAGCUGCAACAGCAACAUCACCAGCUGCAGCAGCAACACCAUCAGCUGCAGCAGCAACAGCAACAUCAGCAGCAGCCCCAGCAGCAAUUGUUACGUCAUCAGCAACGGCAACUGCCCACGCAAACUGCCUACCAGCAACACCAACAACAACAACAUCAGGAGCAACAGCAGCAACAACAACAACUAAGGCAAUCGUUUGCCCACAAUGGUUUUCCACUGCGCAGCAGCAACAGCAAUAGCAGCAACAAUUAUGGUCAUGUUGCUGGUAGUAGCGCCUACGCCGGCAACAGCAACAAUGCGGCUGCCAUGGCCGCCGUGUGCCAAAUGCAGAAUUUUUUUAGUCAGCAGCAACCGCAGGAGUACAACAAUGGCUUGCCUAUUAAUUAUUAUCAGCAACAACAACUGCAGCAGCAGCAGCAACUGCAACUGCAACAACAGCCACCGCAGCAGCAGCAACAACAACAACAGCCAAUGACGGCUACAACUACAGCAGCAACAUGCAAUGCCACAGCAGCGACAACAACGUCAGCGACAACAACAACAGCAACCUCAACGAACAACGACAAUGGCGAUAAUUUUGCAAUGGACGCCAGUGAAAUCGCCACUUUUCUCGCCAACGAGCUUUUCCUACAGCAGCUCGGCAACUUUGAGACCGUUCAGAGUGUUCUUACGCUGACGACGCCCACGUUGACGCCGACCACAACGCGCAGCAUCGAGGACUCGUUCUACCAGCUGAUCACGGAUGCGCCCCGAGGAUCUGCGAGAUUUGUGGUGCCCUCGGUGCUGCCGAACGCUGCGGGCGGCAAUGAGGCCAAUGGCAGUGAGCUACCCACGAUUCCCAACCAGCAGCAGCCCUUCGAUGUCAGCUUGGUGGCUGCCAGCGAAUCCGACGACUCCAAUGGCACGUUUCAGUACAACGAAGGGCAGAUGAACGAGGAGCAGGACACAACCGAUACUUCAAGUGCCCAUACGGACAGCACCUCUUACCAAAAUGGCCACAUAAUGGGCGGCAGUGCGAACGGCGGCGGUGCGAACAACUUCACCAAUGUCCUGGCGGCCGUCAAUUCCGCCCGCGGAUCCUCGACGGCGGGCAUCAGCAGCAACGCGAAUACCUCAAACAGUGCCACGCCCGCCGCGCGACGUGGAGGCGGCCGGCGGCCGAAUCGAUCCACCAACAUGACGCCGGAGGAGGAGCAGAAGCGAGCGGUGCGCCGGGAGCGAAACAAGCAGGCAGCGGCUCGUUGCCGCAAGCGGCGCGUGGACCAGACCAACGAGCUGACCGAGGAGGUGGAGCAGCUGGAGAAGAAGGGCCUGAACCUGCGCAAGGAGAUCGACGAGCUGACGAAGAGCAAGAACCAGCUGGAGUACCUGCUGAAGGCCCACAAUCCCACCUGCCAGAAGAUCCGCAACGAUCUGCUGAGCGUGACCACCUGCAAUGGUCUGAUUGCUCCGGCCGGACUCUUGAGUGCCGGCAGCUGUGGCAGCGGAUCGAGCAGCCACCACAACCACAACAGCAACGACAGCAGCAACGGCACGAUCACCGGACUGGACGCCACGCUCAACUCCACCGGACGCAGCCAUUCGCCAUUGGAUCUCAAGUCGGAGGCGAACAUCGCCAGCCUGCUGAUGAACAUCAAGGACGAGCCGCUGGACGGCGGACUGGACUCCGGUUCGAGCCUGGACCAGGACGGUCCGACGCCAAACAAGCGCUUCGCCUUGCCGCCCAUGUCCACGAUGCCGCACGUCCACAUGUCCACGCUGAUGACGCCCACCGGUGCCUCGUCGGGAUCGCUGCAGACGCCGAUCACGAGCACGGCGCCCAGUGGCUUUGGCUCUGCCUUUCCGGUGGUCUCCAACGGGAGCAGCCUGAACAGCCCCACGCUUAAUGCGCUGAACAAGGUGCCCAAGGAGCGGCCCAACACACUGGCCUUCCAGCGGCCGCUCAGCCAGAACAUGCAGCUCAGUCUGGCCAAGUCGGGUGGGUCGGGACCCACGCAGAUCCAGGGCGUGCCCAUCCAGACACCGUCGACGGGCACCUUCAACUUCGACUCCCUGAUGGACGGCGGCACCGGGCUGACCCCAGUGUCGGGUCCCCUGGUGCCCAACAGCUCCUCGACAAACAAGCAUCCGCUGGAGCUGCCCACGCCCACCGCCGAGCCAUCGAAGCUGGUCAGCUUAUAACCGGACAGGAUUUGGUGGGACAGGGCCGGCGGAUAGGAGGGGGGAAGGGCCCACCAGCUGGGGGGUCGAGUCAGGACUAAGUUAAGUUUUAUAUAAUUGAAACGUAGCGAUUAUAUUUACACUUGAUAAGAAGAAAAACAAAACAGAAAGAACGAAACCAACAAAACAUUUUCGCUAGUUUGUAGGAGAGAGACGUUUUCAUUUUUUGUAAUCGCAGCGAAUAUUCUAUUUCGUUUCGUUAAGUCUAAUGUUUUUUGUAUUAUUAUCUUUAUUAUGGUUAAUUUAUGAUUUUUGCUAUGUCUUUUACAUACGCCGAGCUACAUAUGUUAUGUACUUGUAUUUUGUGCAAUUUUCAAACCUUUUCAUUGCGUGUUAUAUAUUUUCAAAAAAUAUACAAAUGCGAACGAUCGACGAUGCAUGCAUUGAUUGCCUGGAAAAUGAUAAGGAUUUAAGGGAGUGUAGAUUUGAAGGAUGCGUUGUGAUAUUUAUUAUAAAACGAAUACAAAAGAUACCAGAUAAAAAAAAAAGAAACAAAAGUAGAAAGAGAAAACAGGAGCAGUAAACAAAAGCGUGUAAUGAAAGGAACUAAGCCGGUUUUAAAAUUGUACAUUUAAACGAAUCGCGUAAAUAUAUUAUAUAAUAAAUUCAGCAUACAAACUAAAUACAAUGCCUUGAGAGAGAAUUAAGAAAUGCAAACACUUUAUAUAAAUAUAUGUAUAUGUAUAUGUAUGUUUAAACCUAAACAAUAAUCGCGUUAAAGCAAGUUUUAUAUUGAGCAAAAGCAAAUGUGAAAUGAGAUAAAUAUACUUAUUGUACUCUGUAAGCUGCAUUAGAAAACCCAAAUAUAUUUUUACUAAACGCAACAAAUGCGCUAUUUUCAAAUACCAUUUAUAAGAAAUGACAAAGCAAAGCAAUUAUUUAAUAUGUAAUUAUGUAUUAUGUAUACCCAAUUACGAUCUAAACGAAAGCUGAUCAGGUAAAACAAAAACUCUCGCCAGUCUCCACAGUAAAUUCUCUGAAUAUUCAAAAUUAUCAACUUAUCCAAAACCAAAACCGAUCGAUAGUAAACUAAAUGCACUUAUAAGGGCAGAAAAACACCAAAAUUGACAAAAAUGAAAUAAAAUAAAAUAAAAAUACCGAAAAACCUAAAA